CAAUCAGAUCCGUGCUGUAGUCGGAGUGUCAUAUUUACAGAUGAACAUCAAGUACCGCUGUGCUCCAUUACUUCUAUAUAUUACUCUCCGUUACCCAUCGUUGGUCGUUCGAGUGCUUCUCCAAAGAAGUAUCGAUUGAUGACAGCUCCUGCCUCACAGCUUGAUAUUAUUUCUUCCAUCAAAAUAUAUACCAAAGACUUUCGGGUAUGGACUUUCGAUCUACAACGAAGCCAAUUUGCCGUAAAUCUUGCAAAUAAUAUUUAUCAUUUCUCACGUCCCUCUUCGCUUUCCAAUUUGUUAGAACUUUCUUGCGAAGGAUUUCGAGAAACACCUCAGCCAGCACAGAAUGCACUCUUAUACAACAAUGGGAGUGAUUGGCAAAAGGAGUUGCUCCGAUGUGGGGACAGCGAAACACGAUGGCGUAUAUGUUUUUUGAAAUCAGAAAUAUCCCAACAGAAGGCAGUUGUGCCCAGUUAUCCAUUUUGUGUUGUUGUCCCGAGUGAUCUCUUUGAUGUUACAGUAUAUGAAAGUCUUAUACCCAAUUGGCACAACGGUAGAUUUCCGAUCUGGUGCUGGUCAGCUUCAAAUGGUAGUGCAUUACUUCGUUCGUCUGCCUGUAACAAGGAUCUUAAUGCUCAAGAAUUGUGGAAAAAAGUAUUGUGGCCUAUCUGCCAAGCUCAUCCUCAUCGUCGACCACCUCAAGUAAUUGAUUGUGACAUAUCCGAUGUGCACAUAUCAUCUUCAUUCGAGAAACUUCGCGAACUUUGCUCUUUAGACUCAAUGGAACGUUUCACUGAAAAAGAAAAGGAGUGGUACACGUUAGUUGAUGAUACAGGCUGGUGUGCUUUAGUAUUUCGAUGCCUUCAACUAUCAAGCAAAGUUAUUCACAGACUUAUAGAUAAUCAACGAUCUGUUGUUGUGACAGACCAAGAUGGAUUCAAUGCAUCAGCAAUAGUGUCGUCAUUGGUUCAGGUGUGUACGGAUAGUUUCUACAGAACGAUAACUGGUUUCAGUGCUCUCAUAGAGAAAGAAUGGAUCGCACUUGGACAUCCCUUUGGGCUAAAUAUGUUUGGCUGUACUCUUCUAUCCAAUAUUCCGCAUUCGCGACCGAAAGCUUGUACAGCAACUUUCCUCUUAUUUCUGGAUUGCGUGGCACAACUUAUACGUUUUCAUCCACUUUCAUUUGAAUAUUCGCAUUAUUUAUUGAUCGCACUCUGGGAUUUGUCCAUAACUGGUCUCGCAUCCGGUUUGACUUGCAAUUCAGUGAAUGAUAGAUUAGCGCUAUGCAAAAUAGCUCCAACUUUUCCCUUGUCACAAUAUUAUACAUCAAAAUACUGUCUAAUGUUCACCAAUGUUCUUUAUUCGGCUAACCUUUUGCUUGGUUCUGAAUCAGUGCCGGCCAAUGUAAUACGACCUUCUUCUUCUCCUAUUGAUGUUCAUUUUUGGGACGAAUGCUAUCUUCGAUGGGUGCGGCCAGCAAAUAUCGCUGAUGGUGGUAUUAUUACCAAAGAUUUAGCAUUAAGUUCGAUACUCUCAUCAGCCGCAUCUGUGGCUUAUCCAGAAUGUAAUUCAGUUGUAUGGCGCCAGCGUUUCUAUCCUGCAUUGGAUACAUCGACAAUCAGUUCGUCUUAUCCCUAUUCAGAUGCAUUACCGAAAAAUAUUCCUACUUUAAAUGAAGUGAGUAUUGCAUCCGACACUGCAUCUGCAAAAUCACUACGACUGCAAUUAGAAAGGACCAGUAUUAGUCUCAAUGCAGGUUCAGUGAAGGUUGGAAAAGAAAGACGAUUUUCGACAGCUUCACUAAUGACACGUGUGGAUCGUUUAGUGGAAAUGGGUAUGCUCCGCUCUUCGUCACCUCGUCCCAGACAUCAUUCCCCACCAGGAACUCUCGUAUGA